AUGUCAGAAAGGCUUGGAUUUGCUGGGCAUCGAAACCAUCCGCUCAUCCUCCACCCUUGGUGCCGACUGUAUGGGUUCCCCCAUAAUAUUGGCACUGCAUCGGACGCUCUCCAGACUCUUGGCCGCCAUCGGAGAGUCCAUUUCUGCCACCCGUAG